UGGGGCUGCGGGUCGAGAAGAGGAGGCUACUGGUCGGCAGGGAAAUCUGCGAUGGACGUUGUGCCGAGGCGUAAAAGGUCUGGUGACACGUCCGUUGCAGGUGUGGGAGACGAGGUGCCUGUCGUCGACCACAACGACAAGUGCUGGAUGUUAGACUGGGUGGAUGGAAUCGGGGAACGCUCGGGUGGACUGGUUUUGUACGUGGUGAUAAAAGAUAACAUUGUUCCGAUUGGCGGUGUGGUUAAGUGGAGUGGAGAAAAAUCACCAUCGACCAUGUUGGAGUUGACGAUGGUCCUUAACGCUAGAGGUGAGCGGAUGGCAGGUGUCAAACGCGUUGCUCUUCGUUGGGCCAAACACGCUGGGUACGGCAAGAGGCUUUAUGACAUUUUCAAUCCGCUUGGGACGGAGAAAUUGACGUUGUCGGACCUUCGAUCAGUUUUCGCAUUCUUCGACGGACAUGUGGUCGCAGGGCAUGAGCCGGUGGUGCAUGCUUCCGACCGCAUAUCUGAACCGAAAAGCAUGCUUUCGUCGUCUUUGGAGGCGGCUCCAUCGUCGAAACCGAUCAUUAUAGGUGCCCGCCCUUCGCCAUCACUUCAGACUACGGUUGCUACAACACGAGUUCCGAAAUCUGGGCAGAUCGGGGAAAAAAGUCUGUAUCGCGGCCAAAUCGUGUCGUCAGCCCCUGUGAAGCGUAGACCAACAUCAACCAAGGAACCCGUUUCCUUGGUUCGCCCGCUGCGCUAUGAGUUGGCCAUUCCUGCUGGGCCACAAUAUUUCGGAGAUGACGACGAGGAGAACAGCGCAGAAGAAUGGGAGCGCGAUGAAGAACGCGAAGAAUAUGAGGAGGGUGGUGAAGAAGAGGAAGUAGAGAGUGAACACACAAUCAGCGAGAGGGGUGGGCCGGGCGAGUUGGAGGGUCAUCUAGGGGUUGAGUAUGAGGACGAAGGGCAAGAAGACGAAACGACCGGCGAGGGAGGGUAUGCAGAUGUGCAUCGGGGUUCCAAACGAACGCAGCUGCUCGCGCCGGGUCAUGGGCAUUGGGAAGCGGAUCCAGGGCGGGGGGAAAUGCACCGCGAAGUUGGGGUCGAGCCGGCGCAUGCCAAAGCAGUACGACUAGCUGAGAAGAAAAGGAAGAUGAGGCAAGAGAGGAGAAGUGCUAUGGACAGUAAGAAAACCAAGCAGUAGGUGGGAGCCAAGCAGGAGGAGGGCAAACGCAAGUUGAAAAUGCUGGCAGUUGAGAAGGCCGUCCAACGUA